AUGUCAACCCAACGUCCAAUCGUGUUUAUGGAUAUCAACAUCGGCGAGACGCCUGCUGGGCGUCUUAAAAUGGAGCUGUUCAGCGAUAUCGUGCCAAAAACAGCAGAGAACUUCCGCCAGCUAUGCACCGGAGAGUAUAGGGUAAACCUGAAGCCGCAGGGAUACAAGAACGCGACCUUCCACAGCGACACGACGGUCCCGAACUUCAUGUGCCAAGGCGGUGACUUCAUCAAGGGAGACGGAACAGGCUCUUUUUCGAUAUACGGUGACAAGUUCCCGGAUGAGAACUUUAUCGAGAAACACACCGGUCCUGGCCUGCUAUCAAUGGCAAACUCGGGACCAAACACAAACGGCUGUCAGUUUUUCAUAACCACGGACAAGUGCGAUUUCCUUGACGGAAAACAUGUCGUCUUCGGCAAGGUCAUAGACGGCAUGCUCACCCUCCGGAAGAUCGAGAACGUCGCGACCGGCGCGAAUAAUCGGCCAAAGCUUGCGGUGAAGAUCGUCGAGUGUGGUGAGAUGUGA